GCCAUAAAGACAUUUGGAGAGAGAGAGAGAGAGAGUGUGUGCGCUUGUGUGGAAAGAGAAAGGAAAGGAGGGGACCAGCUUUUAUGAGUUUUGUCUGUAUUCCGGAAGAGGUGCGAAUGUUGGGAGCAUAGGAAGCAAUACCCAAACCCCAAUUUUGGCUGAAAAUGGCGGCACCGUAAAAUCCCCAAACCAAAUAAAAUAAACCCUUCUGUAGUAGACUCAAACAAUCAUCUGGGCUUUGUGUGUUCUACUUGUUUGUAUUUCGAAACAUCUGAUUUCCUUGUGAAUGGUUGAAAGUUGAAAGCAGUGAUUAAGUACUUGCUUGCUGUGGUUGUGAAGAUGGGGAACGGAAAUAGGAGUGUUGUCGCAGAUGGUACGGAGAAAGCCAAAGCAGCAGCAAAACAGUGCGAUGUUGGGUUGGGUUUAAGGACGCAAAGCACCGAACCGUUCCCUAGUACCGGUAUGAGGAUGAUGAUGCCUCAUUAUUCUCAGAGUAUGGGGGUUGUUGGUGCUGGUGUUGAUGGUGGUGGUGCUGGUGCUGGUGGUCCCAUUUAUUGCAACCAGGUUCCAUGCUUUACCGAUUCCUACGAUGUUUUCGGUUCUUCUAGUUCUUCUUUCAAAUCCUCAGGAGGGGACAUGGCAGCAGCUGCUGCAAAAGUUACUUUUACAGAGACUCAGUGGCAAGAGCUUGUGAGGCAGACCACCAUCUACAAGUACAUGAUGGCUUCUUUACCUGUUCCUCCACAGCUCCUCAUUCCCACUCCCAAACCCCCAUCUCCACUUUCUUCUGCUCCUCAAUUGUCUGGUUUCUCGAGAAACUCGGAUCCAGAGCCAUGGAGGUGUCGAAGGACAGAUGGGAAGAAGUGGCGGUGCACGAGAGACGUGGCUCCAAACCAGAAGUACUGCGAGCGGCACUGCCACAAAACCAAACCCCGUUCAAGAAAGCCUGUGGAAUUACCUUCCCAGUCCCACAACAAUACCCACUCCCACACCACCACCACCACCACCAGCUCCAAAACCAACAUCACAAACAACAACUUGAACACCCACGGAUCACUUGCUAACACCACUGCCCAGAAGCCCACCUUCCACAUUCCAACCAUGGUGUCUGGCCCAACAUAUGCCCAGCCCAGGUGCACAGAGUGGCUCAUGAAAGGGGACUCCGUACCCGGGUCCACUUUGGACCAGCAAUGGCAGCAGCAGUUGAUACAAUCAUCCUCAAGAGAAGGAUUGAAGAGGUACAAUGAGGAGAAUUACAGGAAUUGGUCUGUUUUUCAACAACAUUAUGAUGAACAACAACAAUCAAUUAACACGAACUUGAACUCGUAUUUUGACUUGGACGAUGGCCAAAGAUCAAAAAAUCAUCAGCAGCGCAAAAUGGCCUGUCUACAAGGAGGUUUUAAUACUGACCAAACUCAGACGACUAGGCGUUUCAUCGAUGCUUGGUCAUCGGAAGAGAGGGAGGCAAUGGAUGGAAUAAGCAACAAGUUCUCUGUUUCUUCCAAGGGGAAGCUGCCGUUAUCAUCCGGCCUCAGUCUCUCAAUGUCCCGCAACGAUGGAAUUGAUGAAGAAAGUCGAAAUGCUCAUUUGGGUCUUGGGAUGAUGGAUCCAGAAAGUGAAAGGGGUGGUGGGUGUUUCAAAUCGCAAUGGCUUGAUCCUGUUUCGUGGAUGGGUUCACCUCCGGGGGGACCAUUGGGCGAGGCCUUGUGUCUCGGCAUUGCUAGUACUACUUCAAAGGAGGCAUAUAACGUACCUUCUCCUCACUGCUAUAGCAACAGCUCCACCACCAGCAGUUGCAGCAAAAGCUCGUGUGAAGAUGCCGGCCAUGGGCUGCUGCAUUUUCACUAAUGACAAGCACUAUAGUUGAGCUCAGCUCCAGUUUUUUUUUCUUUCUUCAAUUCCACAAACAAAUGUUCCCUUAGAUUUCUGGUUUAUUUGGUUCAUUUGCUACCUGAAGAGAUGCUGUGGAUAUUGCUUUUCAUUAUUUAGCUACCUGGUUGUGCAUAUA